AGAAGUUAUCAGUGGAUUUUUUUUUGAUGCUGUUUAGCAACGAAGGGAAAACAAAGCGACAGUAUGACCUAUAUAAGCAGAAGAUAAUAUCUGUGUUAUAACGUCUGCGUCAAGGUUUUCGGAUGAAAAUGGAUCUUAGAAUAGUUGUCAUAGUGACACUAGCUUUAUCGUACGCUAAAGCAGAUUGUAUCGUAAACUGUGGCAGCAACUUUGCCAGGGAUGUACAGACGCAUAUAAGUUCUGUAGAGUCACUAUGCGGAGUUCAAAAGACAUAUCUAAAAUGUAUGAGUGAUUGCGUCCCAGGUAUGUCAGAAGAAUACUUUAAUGAUCAAAUAAAAAAGUUUCUGGAUCAGAUCCCCGGUUCCUACACACUAUGUGAUUUGAAAAACAGUGGCGAAGGAAUCACAGCUAUCAAUCUGAAAUAUUUAUUGCUCUUGGUGUUUACUGUAUCUUUACUAUUGGUUAAAAUGGAAUAUAUAGUUUAAGUAAUAAUAAUGAUUCUCCAUGAGUAAUAAUCUCAAUAUAAUCUGAAGAUAGUAUGAAAAUAGUCAUAAAAUAGUCUUCUAAGAAAGUCUGGUAUUUGAAAUGUAGUAAUAGUAAAGGGAAUACAAUGAAUUUUGUUUUUUUUAACUCAACCCUGACAGUGCCAGAGAAAGAAGAAUGAUUUAUUUCCAUACUAUUAACAAUGUAUUAAUCAUUUUGUAGUAAUGGUUGCGUGUAUUUUAUAAAAUUUAAUCUAUAACAUUUGUAGUUAUUGUAAUGUUUUUGAGAAAAGUAAACACUUCGUACGUAUUUUAUUAGUUUUUCUAUUUGUAAAUUAUAAUUCAGUGUUUUAUGUAUUGUUACUUUACUUAGUCUUCUGUCCUGAAAUGUUUUUAAAUUUAAUUAUUUUACUAAUAGUGUUAAUUUAAUUAAAUGUAUAUAUUCUUUUGUUAUAAAUCACUAUCUCUGAUUUUCUACCGAAUCGAGAGUCACGGGCUCGAAUCCUAGUGUAGACCAGGAUUUUUAUUUCGGGAACUUAAACGCUCCUCUGAGUCAACAAUAUUUGAGGAAAAUGAGGACGGUUCAUCGUUGUGCUGGCCACAUGACACCCUCACUAGUUUUCAGUGUACAAUGUUGUUCUGUUUUAAUUAUCAAAAUUAUUAAAAAGUGAAAGUAUACGUAACAUUAUCAUGGUGUAAAUGUUUCUACACAAAGCUAACAAGAUCCUCGAAAUAAAGAAUCACCCUUUGUGUCAGGAUUUUGUGAUUUUACCAUCACAAAAGAGAUACAAGACACCGAUAGCAAAGACAAACAGACACAAACACUCUUUUGUUCCCCUGGCAAUCAAAUCAUUAAAUAAGAACAAUCUGAUAUAAACUUUGUCACAUGUAAAUUAUGAGUGCGUCUGUUGUGAAUGUACACUUUGGUUUCUUAUAGUUAUAAUGUUUGUUUUUUUGGUGUAAUGCACAAAUUGUAAGACAAAUUUCCAUACGGACAAUAAAGAUUAUUAUUAUUAUUA